AACGGAAGCGGAGCUGAGCUGAGGAAGAACAAAUCUCCUCCUUUAAUUCAAUCCAACUCCUGAGCUGCCGAGAGGAGACGUGUGCACACCGCUGAGGCUGCACAGGCACACGGCCAGCCUGCAAACUUCACAGCGGAUCUAUAAACUGUAAUAACACUCUGCCUCCUCCUCAUCCUCACCUUCAUCAUGAGCUGUUACACAGAUUUGGCUUAAUGAAUGAGGAGCAGCUUCAUCGCAGCAACAGAUGAGAAGAUGCACGGGACAGAGAACAGAGACGUUACAGAGCUGAGGCUGCACACCUGCGUCCUGUGAGUUUCUCUGUGGCUCCUCCUUCUAACCUCCCGUCAACCAGACAUUGAAAUACCUCCUCCGUGUCGUCACACAUCCUGAAGCCAGCAUGCCCAUCAUCAGCAAUGCAAACCACGACUUCAGCACCUACUCCAUCAGCAGCGAUGACAGCAGCCUCGACCGCUUCUUCACAGAGAUCCCAGAGACUGAGACCAUCAAGGGUGUGUACUUCCAGCGCGCCCAGCUGCUUCGUGACCCCAAGGCCUCAUUUGUGGUCGACCACACUUUACAGGUUCUCAUCAAUGUUGGGGGCAACCGCUACACAUUCCCCUGGAGUACCUUGGAGCAGUUUCCUCAGAGUCGUUUGGGACGUCUGCGUUUCUGUACCACCCCUGAGGAGAUCGCACGACUGUGUGACGACUAUGACGAGACGUGCCAGGAGUACUUCUUCGACCGGAACCCGACAGCCUUCAGGGUCAUCCUCAACUUCCUGGCUGCAGGGAAAUUGCGUCUGCUUCGGGAACUGUGUGCCGUGUCGCUGCACGAUGAGCUUGACUACUGGGGCGUGGACCCGGGACAUAUGGAGCGUUGUUGCCGCCGCCGCAUGAUCACCCGUGUGGAGGAGGUGGCUGAGCGAGAGCGCAAGGAAGAGGAGUGGAGGCAGAAGAGGGUGAUGAUGAAGAAAAGCCCAGUUGAGGCUGAAAAGGGCUAUCGCAAACUGACCUGGAUGCUGCGAGAAGUGGUGGAAAACCCUCAGUCGGGGUUGGCUGGCAAGUUGUUCGCCUGCCUCUCGGUUGUCAUGGUGCUGGUUACUGUCAUCAGCCUUUGCAUCAGCACCAUGCCAGACCUCAGAGAUGAAGACUCCAGGGGCGAGUGCUCCCAGAAGUGUCACAGCAUGUUCGUGGUGGAGUCCAUCUGUGUGGCGUGGUUCACUUUGGAAUUCGUGCUUCGAUUCUUCAACGCUCAGAGCAAGCUGGCCUUCGCUCGCGGCCCCCUGAACAUCAUCGACGCCAUCGCCAUCCUGCCAUACUACGUGUCCCUGGUCGUUGAUGUCAAAGACGAGUCGCAGGAGGACGUCAUCAUGGGUGCAGGCAGAGGCUACCUGGACAAACUGAGUCUGAUCCUGCGCCUGCUGCGAGCUCUGCGGAUCCUGUACGUGAUGCGGCUGGCUCGCCACUCUCUGGGCCUGCAGACGUUAGGACUGACCAUGCAGCGCAGCAUGAGGGAGUUCGGCCUGCUGCUGCUGUUCGUCUGUGUGGCCGUGACCCUCUUCUCACCUCUGGUCCAUCUGGCAGAGAGCGAGCUGGCGCCUUUUGCCGCCACGCACCCCCACCACAGCUUCAGCAGCAUCCCGGCCUCCUACUGGUGGGCCAUCAUCUCCAUGACCACGGUGGGAUACGGCGACAUGGUGCCACGAAGCAUCCCUGGACAGAUAGUGGCACUCACAAGCAUCCUGAGCGGCAUCCUCAUCAUGGCGUUUCCCGCCACGUCCAUCUUCCACACCUUCUCCCGCUCGUAUCAGGAGCUGAAGCAGGAGUACGAGCGGCUGUGGAAGGAGGAGAGAGGCGAGGAAAAAGCCGCAGAGUCAGAAGAGAGCUGGCCCAAAGUCGAUUUGUCACCAGAUGAGUUCACGUCUGUGUCGAAGGAGGAUAAUGAUGGGAUGGUGUCAAGCAAGAGUCAUCAAUCUGCACUUCCAUCGACAGCUUUCUAAUGGACCAGGAAGAGAGCAGUCAGACGCUUUCCUCCAGUAAUUAUGUGUUAAAAAUGGUGACACUUGACAACCUACUCGAUCUGUCCUAUAUAAGCACAUUUAGACUGUUAUAUUACGGACACGUUAAAUUCCAGUCUGUUCACACUUUAACACAUUCAGCUUCCAAACUAUAUCAAGCUACUUAUCAGGUUAUAUUGAGCUUCUUUUUAUAUCAGCAGAGACAUCACACACAUACUAAACCUUUACUCAACAUAGAAAUAAAAUCUGAAUUCUCCUUGCUUAUUACGUAAGAAAAAUAUAAACUAUAAUCUCACAGGAACUCUUGUGCACAUUUUCAAAAAGAGGAUAUUUACUGAAUGUGAUAUAUGAAGCUAAUAUGAUAUAUGGGCGUUCCCCAGCGUUGGCAGGAAACACUCAUCACGCUGUAUCUGAGUGUUGAUACAAGGCUUUUUAACCAAGUUCACAUUAGCUGUCAGUCAUUAGCAGUUUCACGUCUGUCACCUCACAACAUCCGACACUUCAGCACCGUCUCAGCCAGGAAACACGUGAAAUAGAUAUGAAGUCUUUACAACAGGUGACGACAUGAUGGUGGGCAUGAAAUGUGUUACACUUACGUGCAAGUCAGUAAGGAUGUUUUGUUGUUGUGGAAACAAGUGUUGGACAAUUUACUCUCAAAAUGUAAUUUGAAAGUAAUAAGUUACUUUACAAUAUUACUCUUUGUGUAGAGUAAUAAGUUACUCAUUACACUACUUUUGUGUUACUUUGACCAAAAUGAGCUCAGAAGAACUAAUGUUGGUUUUAAAUGGAUGAGGGUCAUGUUGUUUCAUAGGUCUAACCUGUUCACACAUUCACACACAGUGGUGACCGCUUUGGAUUAAAAUCCCCUGAUUAUAUUAAUAACAGUCUGAUGAUACAGAACAAUUGAAUAAAUAAGUGAAUUGCCUUGGACACAGGGAGGAGCAGGCAGAGGAUCAAAGUCUGAUCAUUAUGAGAGAUGGAUAAAUAUUUGUGGGCCUAUGAUGUGAAACAUAAUAAACAAAUAAUAAGGUUCGUACAACAAGCAGAACAGCAUGCGAGUCAGUCACUAUGACGAGCACAAAUUAAAACACUGCAGCUGGAAGACCCACCUGCUGGUUCCUGGUGUGCCGGACAGCUCCAGCAGCACCACAGAGAGUCGUUGUUGUGCCGUGUUGGACAUUUGGAGUAUUGUGCUGUUAGGUAUCUGUUCCAUUCAGAGAGAGAAAGCUUGUUAGCCUAGCUUGCUAAUGUUAGAUUUUGUUGAUGUUAUUUUAAAGGUAAAACAAAGGGUUCUAGCCAGCGUUAGCCGUCUCUGACUCGUCUCUCAUGGGUCCUGUUGUGGUGAUCAGACCACAAAUAACCAGACUGUAAAAAACUCACAGCAACAAGAACGUCUGUAACCUCAGCACUUCGUACGUUACUGCCUGAUCCAAAUCACGACACGGAGUGACGGAAGGAAUGCUCAAAUCACAGACUGGGCUAAUCAACAGGUAACAACAUUAAGGGGCUCCCAGCUGCUGAACUUCACUGCUAGGCUGAAAUAAUAAACUACUUUAAGUGCUUACAACACAGAUAUACACCAUCGUAGGAAUCACGUGAACACUGAUGAAUAAAAUUCUGACACAAGUCAAACUAACUUAACAAACUUUUUUACAUUUUGAUGUCAUUCAGGGAUUAAAUGAGGAAUGUGGGAAACCAUGAAGGUAGAUAAACACACACACACAAAAAGAAAAAUGAAUCAGAAAGGCAACAAAACAGAGAAACUAUUAAUGUAAGCACAGACAAAAAUAUUCACUCUAUCCCAGUCAUAACUUCAUUGUAACUUCACACGUUUCAUGAAUGCGAUGAUUUCAUGUCACUGCCUGUCAAAGUUUUGGAUGUUGGAAGUGUCCUUAAAUGCAUCGUGAAGCUGCGUUACCCAGGGACAGUGAUUUCAACACAAACACAAAGUCUUCACUGUGAUGGUUACACAGCACAAAGUGUCAUGUUUCUGUGAGCUGAUAUUUCAGGGGAAAUCAAUUUGCUGCCUGGAAGCAAAGAAAGUCAUUAAAGAACUAAGAGAAUUUGAUUUGUUUUAUUUCUUAUUUAACCUUUAUUUAACCAGGAAGUCCCACUGAGACUGAAAUGACUUUGACAAGAGGGACCUGGCCCAACACAUUUAAAAUGCAACAAAUACAACAUAUAAUACAAAUAUCCACAAUAAUACAAAAACUAUUCAAACAUAGCACUCAACUUCUCUAGAAAAACAAGCACAUGUCUUUAUCACCACGUUCUUGAUGAUGCCCUGAAGUUAAUCAAUGGAUUUAAGUGUUUCUAAUUUUAGAAAAUGAUCAUGAAAACG